GGAGGGUCCGCUCCUGUCAGUGUUCUUGACUGACCUCACUUAUUGACUAUGUCAAUCGUGAUUUGUAGGUAAUGGUGUCAUAGGUACAAAUAUACUGAACGUGUGUAUGGAGUAAAGUAGGUGUGUGUCACAGAAAGCACAUACUGAACUGUGGGUAUUAGUGUGGUAUCUACAGGUAAUCAUGCUCUGCCUUGCAAAAGGAGUCAGCUUAUCUCAUAAAUGUACAUAGAAUUCUGCCUUAUGCUGACAUGAGCACUUGGAAUUUCAAUCAGGAAGACACGCAUAUAUAAAUAGCUGGAGUCAAACCUUCAGCAGCAGUUACCAGCCAGUAUUCAACUCCUAACAUUCAAAAAGCCAGAAGUUGAGGGCAGAACGAUUUUACAACAAUGGUCAUGCUCCUCGUUGGUCUCCUCACCCUGUCGUGUCUCCCCGGGUCGGUUCUCGGCUCCGAUGAUGAUAGAGACGCCCUUCUGUACAGAGUUGACAUCACCCUUCCUCCUAAGGAGGGGAGGGAUGAGACGGCAGACAUAUUGCAGAUUAAGACAACAGUGGAGGGUCUAACUGACAUCAAAGUUCUAUUUUCAUUUAAGGAACUCGGGAACUCAAGGGUAAUUUUUGUUCUUGGUGUUGAGAAAGCUUGCAGCUGGCCACAGUUGACAACCUUUCUGUCACGAAAGGGCUAUGAGGUGAAGACGACCCCAGUGUACCGCUGCAGUGACUACGCCCGGGAACUUGGGGUCAAUAUGUCCAGAGACUUUUAUGAUAUGUCUCUCAAGGAUGAUGAUCACUUACAGCUUGGCAAGCAAAUAUUUUACGUCAAAGAUUUAACAACAGCUGAGUUUGACGAGAAGAUGAGACAGAUGUUUGUGAGAGACAUGGGCAUUCUGAAAACAGGUCAACGGGCAGCAUGUUUCAGAACUCUUGCAAGCCUUCCAGUUGAGUUGAUGCACUUCGCGCCAGUUGACCCUCAGAAAAUCGAGGCGAUAGAGGAAAUCUUGCAUGGACCCGAUACCUUUGACCUUGAAAUCAUUCGAAUCCAGAACCUUGCUCCAUACGGGGGAGGGUGUCAGUGAAAAGAUGUAGUUUCCUAUGUGGCCUGACAGUAAAGGAUUAUAUAUAACGGUCCACUAAUAGUUUCAAACCUUGAAACCAUAUAUUCAGAAGGAAUACAUUUUAAACAUGUACACGGAAAGAAUGAUAUGUAAUCAUCUUUGAAUAAAGUUUGUCAUUCCUUUCA